AUGAGGAUUUUUGUAUUUUUAUUUUUCACAAAUUCAGUCAUCUUUGUAUCAUGUCAAACAAAAGGAGCAAAGAGCUCAAAGAUACAGUGGCAGGCCAGUUUAGGUUCGACAGGGACUGACGGCUUAUUAAAAAUCAACCCUACAGUAGACAGAAAGGAGACAAGUGAAGCACCUGGCAGGAAAGUGGCAAAUGUAGAACUUCCAGGUGUAGCAGAAUUGCCACCAAUACCAAGAUUAAAUGGACAACCACCAGCUGUGGUUCCCGGAUUUACAUCGUCGCCAGCUACAACAAAAACAACCAGAGGAUCUACAAAGACACAUUCUACAAAUCCUGCAACACAACCAAAAGUGUCAAAUACACCAACAACUCCACCACCCACCACAACGAGAACAACACAACAAACACCGACAGUACCAGUACGAACGCAACCACCAACACAACCACCAACUCAACCACCAACACCUCCAACAACAACAAAAGCAACCCCUGCGCCACCAGUUAUCAUGGUCCAACAUUCUCUAUCUGGAAUAUCCGGACCUUCAAACAUAAUAUCACAGGCACAAGAAUGGAUCGAUGGGUCACCUUCAUCGCCUAAUAAAAAAAGACAAUCAAGUCAAAACACAAAUAGACGAUUCCAAGGUAUCGAUGUUGCUGGUAUGUCUAGUAAAAUGGUUAGAGAUGUACAGGCACCACGACAAAGUAUACAACAAUCACAGUCUAACAACGGGAUGCAAAAUUUUGUUGAAACAUUAUCAGCUGGACAGAGGAACGCUUUAUUAGCGAUGUUAGGAGCACCACCAGCGACAACAACACCAAAACCGACACCACCACCAGCUCCUACGCCAGAUCUGAAUGCUUUGAAAAUGAAAAUGAUGCAAAGCUUACUUACAGCGGCCAUGUCUCAAGGUGGAGGAAUGGGAAAUAUGGGCGGUAUGAAUGGUAUGAAUGGCAUGGGCGGCAUGGGCGGUAUGGGCGGUAUGGGAGGUAUGGGCGGUAUGGGAGGAAUGGACAUGAAUGCACUGAUGGAGAUGAUGGGAGGAGGUACGACAGAUCCUGGAGAACGUUCUGCUCAACUUCACGAACAAAUGACAAGUUCUAGGUUUGGAGGUAGAAUGGGUAGUGCAGGUCUUGGUGGAAGAGGAAGAGGAUUUGGACGUGGACGUGGAGGUGGAGGUGGAGGAAGAGGCGGAGGCGGAGGUGAAAAUUCCCAAAGAGAUCCAAUGAUGCAAAGAAUGUUACUCGAGAGACAACUGAGAAGUAAAAGACCUGGUUUUGACCCUGGAGAAGCACCAGAAGCUGGCGGAUUAUUAAUGGCUGCCAUGAUGGGUCAAGCAGGUGGAGCAGGUAUGUCCGGAGGCGGAGGAGGAGGAAAUGAUAUGGCAAGUCUAUUGUCGGCGAUGUCUGGAAUGGGCGGUGGCAGCGGUGGAAUGGGAGGAGGUGGAAUGAGUGACAUGGCGUCAUUGAUGUCCGCUAUGAGUGGAGGUGGUGGAGGUGGUGGAGGAACUGGUCAACUUAGUCCAAUGGACAUGAUGAAUCUAAUGAAUGCAAUGGAGAAUACUGCACAAAGUGGAAACAGUAAAAAUUCUACAGAAGCAACACAAUCUGGAGGUUCGACAGGAGGAGCGGAAGCGUCAGGUUUCGAUAUGGCGUCAUUUUUAGCAAGUGGUGCAGGAAUGGGCGGCGGUGGAAUGGGAAACGGACUUGGAGGAAGUGGUAUGGGAGGUAUGGAAAUGCAGAUGAUGGCAGCAUUAAUGGGAGGUGGAUCAGACCCUCCAGAAAUGCCAGUACAAAGAGGUUUACAAGGACGAGGAAUGAUGGGUAGAAGAGGAGGGAUGGGCCUAUUUGGUUUGAAAAAGAGGAGCGCAGGCCGAGGACCCAUUCCUUGGAAUUUACAGAGUCAAGGUUCCAGAACAUCGAAAUCUGCACCAUCUCGUACAGGAAUGACCAACAAUAAUGCCGUUUUUAAGAAACCAUCAAUGCCCACCAAUAGCAAUGCAAUGGGAUCGAAUACUAUUCCUGAUUGGUUAUUGAAGAAAUUGAUGAAUACCAACAAUGCUAGUCCUCCAAAUAGACAAAGAAAAUCAGUGUCAACUCCAACACCACCAUUGCCACCAACUGCUCUUCCAACUAAUAGGGCAUUAGCUUCAGGAUUUGACGCUUUUUCGAAAACAGCAUCUACGCAAACCGGCGGAAGUAAAUUUACAUUCCAAAGUCCAACUGGUACUGGUUUGACAGGAAUGCCUGGCACAGGAAAUGGUGCAUCCGCCCUAGGCAAUAUUGGUGCCACGGCAACAGCUGGGAUGAUGUCUCCAGGCUUAGCUAUGGCCCAAGCAAAUCCCAUAUCAAGUAAUAUGUCUCCAGCUCAAAUAGAAACUAUGUUUACAGCAAUAGGAAUGAUUCCUGACCAAAUACGUGACAUAAGCGGCGGGGUACAUGGAUUAGCAACAAUGCUACCAGAAGAUAUUAAAGUAAGAGCAAUCCAGAUGAGAGCCAUGGGUUCAACCCCUGACCAAAUAGCAGACAUAUUAGGAGACGUUAUGCAAGCAAGGCGGGCUCGAUUGACACGGAUGGGAAUGGUAGGAUGAUUCUAGAGACACCCGCAGAACUUAAGAUAAUUUAUGAUAUUGUUACAUUGAUAUGAAGACCUGAAAAAGAAAAACUACUUAACGUCUGACAAAAUCAUUGUUAAGUUUUAUACAUAUUCAUAUUUCUUUUUACAUCUUAUAAGUCAUCUUCGUAAUACAAUUAUUCUUUUAUAAUUAUACUUUAUGUUAUUGACAUUUUAAUAAUGAAUUGCUUCAAAAAUGAAAAGUUGUUUACAUUUUAUUUUCGUUAUACAUAUAUGACAAUUAAUCUUGUUUGUAUUAAACCAAGAUGUGUCGAACAAGUUGAGUUACGAUCCCCGGAAAAAAAAUACAAAUAAAUGACACAUGUGCCAGAUUUGUUAACUGUCAUAUAUUCAAAAAUAGGUCAAUGUCAGAAAUUUAUUAACGUUUUUAUGAGGCUUAGAAAUUGGAGUAUGCAAGCCUUUCAAUAAUUUCGUGUGAAACGCAAAAAGUGUUGAUGUUUUUUUACAUUGAUCUCACAAUAUUGACUAAGAAAAAAAUCGUUUCUGUUACAAUAACAGAUAAGUGAAAUAAUAUACCAAAUGAAUGUGAUGAUAGUCUUUUAGUAUAGCUUGAUGUAAUUUGUUGGUUGUUGUGGUCAAUGAUCAUUUAUUUAUAACUGGAAACAUACUGUUAUGACGAAUAAAGUAUUUGUCUCUA